ACUUCAUAUCCUACUCUCACGCAUGUUGUGUAAGUAAGGACGCAUGUAAAAUUGCAUCAGGUUGAUGUCCUAGAAAUCGUCUCUGUAAAGUAAUCAUCCCUUGCAAAGAAAUGUCGACAUUAUCUGCUGCCAGUGUCGAGCCAACCCCCGCCAUAGAGGGCGCUGAGGAGAAGAAACCAUUGAAACCAUGCUGCGCGUGUCCCGAGACCAAGAAAGCAAGGGAUGCCUGCAUCAUCGAAAAAGGCGAAGAAAAUUGCACGCAUCUCAUUGAAGCUCACAAGGAAUGCAUGAGGGCUCUUGGCUUUAAGAUAUAAUUUCAUCCUUCUGAAAAUGAGUGUUUGGUGUGGCUGACUGGAUGUGUGGAUGGGGACCUGGAAGCUUUUCUCCAUAGUUUUAUUUAUAACCAGAGAAGAUAAUGAAACACUGAAAUGUUAAGGUUCUGAAUGAAAUAUUAUGUCUUAUUUUCUGAGUUCUGUGUACGUUGUUACAAAUGUUGGAUGUU